UGGACUCAAGUGCACUGAUCAGCACACCACUCCCAAACACACUAACACACUCACGUACACUUGACACUCCUGGGAUAUGAACACUCUCAACCUUGCCUUCCUCCUGUAUCUUGUCUGCAGUGUUGUAGGGGCGCUGGGAUCGGUGGUGACCUUCUCUCCAGGACUGCGGGCGACGGGGGCCCUGACCUCCGGGGGAGGUGUGCUGGGAGCUCCAGGGGACGGCGAUGAGACCUCAGAGGAGCUCAGCGACGAGCUGUCCGGAGGAACGGACUCUGUGGGUCACCUGCCGCUGCACGCCCUUUCAGAGAGGCCAGCCGGGGAGAGCAGGAGGAGGAAGGGGAACAAGAGGAGGAACAAGCACAAGGGCAAGAGAACCACCACCCCCUUGAGACCGGGGAACAGCACCCACACCGACAGCCCCUACCCCAGCAGCUACACCCCCGCCCGCAGCCUGUCCACCACGCUGGACCCCUGCACCUCCAGCCACCUGGGCUUCUGCAUCCAUGGCUACUGCAAGUACAUGGAGGACCUGAGAGAGCCAGUGUGUGUGUGCACCAGGGGCUACGACGGCCUGCGCUGUGGGAUCCAGACGCUGGAGUCAAGACGGGAGAGUGACAAGAGUGGGACGGAGGUGGUGCAGAUGGUGUUGGUCAUCAUCGCCGUGGUGCUGUCCGUUAUCAGCUGCACCGCCAUCUUGCUGAUGACCUGCGCCCACUACCGGACCCAUAAAAACUUCAUGGCUGCCUAUCUUGGAUCUGGAGCGGAGGUGGAGAAACUUCAGAAACCUAUCGCUAACGUUAUGGUGUGAGCAACAUCAAUGGCCGCCAGGAAUCAGAGAAGAGGACCGCUGGAGGACUACUCAACGUGCUAGCCACCAACACGCUACAAAACCCAAACACUGCCCCGAACCCCUUCAGUAGAAAGUAAUUUAUUUCCGUUUGACUAUUUAUUGGUAAAAUAUUUGUUUCAAAGUUUGUCGUGUUAAAGUCAAUGGAUGUUUCACUGGAUGCUGCGCGUCUUGCGAAUUCAUCGUACUGUUUUGUAUUAGUUUGGGUGUUAUUUAUUGCACUGCUGUAUAGGUCAAAUUGUUGUUUCACAUAUUUGAUCUCCAAUAAAGUGUUAAGUUAAAG